GGGAAGCUGCUGGAGGAGGAGGCGGCUGCAGGAAGCUGCUGGUGGAGGAGGUUUCGGGAAGCUGCAGGUGGAGGAGGCUGCAGGAAGCGGCUGCAGGAGGAGGUUUCGGGAAGCUGCAGGUGGAAGAAGCUUCGGGAAGCUGCGGGAAGCUGCGGGAGGCAGCAAGAGGCUGCAAGAUGCUGUGGCUGCUGCUCUGUCUGCUUCCUCCGGUGGGCGGCAGCAGAAUCGUCGCCCCGGACGUCACUUAUAAAGAAAGACACAGCCACGAGGAGGUCGUCGUGACGAUGAGGCCUCACAUCUUUAACUGCCGCUCGCCCAACAUGGAGGACUUCAGCUGCUGGUGGCAUCCGCUCGACAACCUGACGGACGGACAGCAGGUCACCUACGUCCUCACCUACUCCAUGGAUAAGGGCCCCAAACACGAGUGUCCGGACUACGUGACCGCCGGCCCCGACAGCUGCCACUUCGACAGCAGCCACACGUCCAUCUGGAAGAUCUACUGUCUGAACGUGACCGCCUUCACCGCACACGGGAACUACACUUCCCAGGAGCACUGCCUGGACGUGGCAGAGAUAGUUCAGACUGAAGCUCCGGUGAAUCUGACCUUCGUGGUCACGGACGCCGGCGGGGAGGAGAUGGGCCACAACGCGCUGCUGUCCUGGACGUACCCGGUGCCCUCCGACCUGCAGUACGGCUGGAUCACGCUGGUGUACGAGCUGCAGUACAGACGUGUGACCGAGCCCGACAACUGGAAGGUGAAGCACCCUCUGCGGGAGCCUCACGUGGAGCUGCUCGGACUCCCCGUCGGCAACUUCGUGGUGCGAGUUCGCUGCCGCUCGCACAACUACGGCCUGUGGAGCCAAUGGAGCUCCACGCUGCUGAUGAGCGUCCCCCCCAGGCCGCCUGCAGCUAAACUCCUGGUGCUGGUUCUGGUGACGGGCGUCGGGGUCGUGGCUCUGCUGGGGAUCACCUUCGGUGUCAUUCCACAGAGCAGGAGAAUAAAAGACUACUUCCUGCCUCCCAUUCCAAAGCCGCGGAUCAUCGGCAUCGACCCGCUGCUCCUGAAGAAGGGGAACUUGGAUGAAAUCAACCGUCACUUCAGUAACUUCCACAGCUACAGACCUCCGAGCUACACUGAGGAGGUCGGGGACACGAUGAGCGCCAACAACGUCUAUUUCACCACGCUGAGGGACUGCAGCGUCCCCGCCGACCCCACGGACCGGGAGAGGGACGCCUUGGUGGUUCCAUGUGACCUGACGGCCGCCCAUCAUCAGCUCUCAGCCCAACACCCGACAUCGUACGUGCAGAGCCUGUCGCCCUACUGCUCCUCGCCUCCCGAAGCCUUUGCCCCGCUCCCGGCUGUGCCGAGGCCAGAGAUCGUGUCCCUGCCGGGGACGGAGUACAGCGUGAUGGGACAUCCCGGCCUUCCCAACGCCAUCCCCGCCACCAAUCGCUCGCCACAGGAUUUCUACACCUGCGUGCAGCUCAUGAAUGAGAGCGGCGAGGUGCACCUGGUGCCGUGCCUGCCGCCGGCGUACUGCCGCGAGUUCCCGCCUCUACCGAAGGUCGAUUUGGAUGCAGGGGAGAAGGAGAAGAAGAAGAAGCUGGCCGACUUCCAAGCCGGGACAAAUGGGAUGAAAGAUGGCGGCGAGGCCGAGGGGAGCGAGGCGGCGGUCCCUCUGCUGCCCGUCGCUGUGGAGAACAAGGGCUGAGAGUGAGAAGAUGCCGGACUGUUUUUAGACUUUGCAUUGAAAACAACAACCAGAUGUUGUUUGUGCGAACAAAAACCAAUGCAGACUUUAAUACACGGCGUGUUCAGGUGAGCGACGUGCGUUUCAUUGUAAAAGCUCCUCUGGACCUUUAGUUCGUCUGACAACGAACCUGCAGCUGCACACAUCCAUCGAGCUCUAGACAAUUUCAGGUGACCUCAAGACUCAAAAUUUAAACUGCUCCAUGCAGAAGAUGAUGGUUUAUGGGUAAUGAAGUCCAACUUGAAGAGUGAAUUUGCCUCGUGCAGCUUUAAAUAAGGAUAAAGGUAAAUACAGUAUUACACCUGCUGCUUCUCCUAAACGGUCACAUCCAGGACGUCUCAGGAACAAACAGGAAGCAGAGACACCUUUUAUUAUUUUACUCACAACGUCAUGCUUUAUUAUCCAGAUUAACAUCGAGCGUCUGAUAUGAAUUAUUCCAUCAGUAUACAUUCAGUGGUGCUCGGGUUAUUUGAUUACCCCGAACAUGAAUAUUAACGUGCAUGUGAAGGCGCUGCGUCUCCCUCUCCUUCCGUCCCUGCAGGUUUUUGUUCGGGGAUGUUUGCACAUAUUCAGGAACAAAGAGUUUCACACCGUUAGAUGUGAAUUUAAGCUUCGCACACUUUAACAAACUUAUUUAAUAUUUUAUGUCUGUCACUGUUUUGUUUUCUAACCUCUCCAAAAGAAGCAGCCUUUCUCUAAAUUAAAAAGCUUCAUAUAUAUUUUAUUAUAAUGGUUUAUUUUAACAAAUUUAACACUUUACAGAAAGAAUUUUGUAUAUUAUUGAGAUGACCUCAGGUAAUGUUUAGUAAUGCUUCAUAUUAAUAAGAGUUAUUAUGUAAUAAGGCCAUUAUAUAGUC